CGUCUCGGUCGGCGUUAGGGGUUUGUGGAUUCGAGCUCGAGGAUUAACCCUAGAAGUCUUGCGGCCUCCGAUGGGUUCGGAGUUCGACAUCGAGCGCAUCCUUUGGACGGAGCAGGAGAUCGGGGGCCGCGUCGCCGAGCUAGCCGCCGAGAUCUCCGGCGACCUCAUCGGGGCGGCGGGGCCGCCCGUUGUCUUCGUCGGCGUUGCCACCGGUGCGUUCCUCUUUCUUGCGGACCUCGUCAGGCGGAUCACCCUGCCGUUGGCCGUCGAUUUCGUCCGGGUGGAGUCGUACGGGUCGGGUACGGAGUCCAACGGCGCCCCGAAGAUCUCCAGCGACCUCAAGAUCGAUAUUAGAGGAAAGCAUGUCGUGUUGGUUGAGGAUAUUGUAGACACAGGAAAUACUGUUUCCUGUCUCAUUCCACAUUUGAGAACCAAAGGCGCUAUCUCUGUGUCGGUUUGUACUUUUCUUGAUAAACCUGCAAGAAGGAAAGUUCAUUUCGAGCUUGUUGGAGGGGGAAAAUUCUAUAGGGGGUUUGAGUGCCCAGAUAGCUUUGUUGUGGGUUAUGGCAUGGAUUAUGAUGAGCUUUACAGGAACUUGCCUUAUGUUGGUGUGCUCAAGCCUGAAAUGUACAACAAAUAAAGCAGCUUGACCACAUCCCUAACUUUUAUGCUAAUACCAGCACAGCUGAAAAUUUAAAGAUUGCAGUGAUAUAUCUGGAAAAUUUGUCUUUUCUUCAACGCUAGUACAAUUUUGUGUUAAAAUGUAUUUCCUUACUGGUAAUUUCAUUCAAUUAGCAAAUUUUAUAAACA